ACAUGGUCCGUCUAUAUCAUUGAUAAUAUAUUUUAUAUUAUGUAUUGUCUAUAUUAGUAUAAGGUCUUUGAUAUCUGUGCAUCACUCAAAACAAUAUUCAGAAAGAUGAAUACGUUUAUACUUUUCUACCAUGGAUAAAUACAUUUAGCCUGCAGCCAUGGUUUCUACCAUAUGAUCAGUGACCGGUUAUUACAAUUUACAACUGUUAUAAGAAUAAUUGUAAGCAGAUUAUUAAGUCCUAAUAAACAUUUAGAACUUCAAAAAUAAUUGUUCGUUUUCUACCUUUCACGAGGUGUUUUUUUUUUUCAGGAGGUCCGGAUUAUAGACUGUAGAUCAAUUUAAAUUCUAACAAGAUGACUAACAUCACUAUCAAGUUCUCAACUACUCUUAGUAAAACCGAUCCAAUUAGUGUACCAGUUCUGAUAAUCGGCCAAGAAAGACAUUUGUCCAAUUUACCAUAUUCUGCAGUUAAGUGCAAGUUAGAACCACGGGUAAAUGAACAGGUAAGUUAAAAUAUUUUAUUAAAUAUUUUUAAAUAUUUUCAUGUAACUAUGAAUGUUUAUUUUUUAGACUUUCAAAUCUGCUUUGUCUGUAUUAAAUCCUUGUCCAACUGACACUUGUCCACUUUUUCUUAACACUGCAACUUUAGCUGCCAUUUCUAAUAACCAUAGUCGUCAUAACUCAUCUGCUCAACCUCAUAUGCUCACCAAAUUGAUAAAUUUGAAUACAGCUGGUUACAAUGAAUGCAUAGUGGUGGGUGAUCAUUUAAUACUAGCUGAUUUUAUUGCAUUUUGUUAGAUUAUAAAGUAAUAUGAUAAAAAAUGAUUAGAUUGUUUGUGAGCGAAAAGACAUGUUUGCUUCUGGUUGUGCUUCAGCCAGAGCUUUUUAUGAUUAUUGCCGUAAAACUAAAGUAUAUGUUGGUAAACUAAAAGAAAUGAAGAAAUCUACUGUAACAGUAACAGUAGAAUUUAUUUUUGUUGGGAAUUACAAUGGUGAAAACAAAGAAGAUAAAGAAGAAAUAGCAACUUUGGAGAGGAUAGCCAAUGCCAUAAAAAUGACUGCACGCAUUGUUGAUACACCAUGCAAUGAAAUGAAUAUUAAUCAUUUCUUAGAUGUAAGUCACACAAAACGCCUCCAUUUUUAUAUAAUAUAUUGGAUGUUGUUAAUCUAUUGGCUAUAAUUUUUAGGAGAUAAAGCAAGUAGGAGCUGAUUUGAAUAUUGACCCAAUAAUAAUCAGCGGGGAAAAUUUAAAGGAAAAAGGUUUUGGUGGAAUAUAUGGUGUGGGUAAAGCAUCUUCCAUAGCACCAGCUUUAGCUGUAUUAUCAUAUACCCCAUCUGGAGCCACAGAGACAAUUGCUUGGGUUGGCAAAGGUAUUGUUUAUGAUACUGGUGGUCUAAGCAUUAAAGGAAAAGUAAAUAAAUUGAAAAUUUGGUAUUAUUUUGUGCGUUAUAUUUAAUAUUAGUUUGUUAACAUUUUCAGACAUCUAUGCUAGGUAUGAAACGUGAUUGUGCUGGAGCAGCUGCUAUUUUAGGAGCUUUUCAUGCUAUAGUAAAAUCUAAUUUCAAGCAGAAUCUGCAUGCUGUGUUUUGUUUAGCUGAGAAUUCAGUUGGGCCAGAUUCAACACGCCCAGAUGAUAUACACACACUUUAUUCGGGAAGGUCGGUGUUUUAAAAUAACAUUUUACAAAAAUUAUGAAAUAUUUUUAAUUAUAACUUUUAAUUUAGAACUGUUGAAAUUAAUAACACCGAUGCUGAAGGACGGCUAGUUUUAUCAGACGGUGUAGUUUAUGCGUCUAGGGAUCUAAAUGCUAAAAUCAUAUUGGACAUGGCUACACUCACUGGAGCACAGGUAUAUUUAUUAUUUAUAUAUUAUUACACAUGACAUUUUUACUAUAAAUAGUAUUCCAUUUAUUUUAGGCAGUAAGUACGGGCAAGUAUCAUGCAGCAGUAAUGUCUAAUUGUGAAAACUGGGAAAAAAAUACUGUAUCCGCUGGCCUAAUAUCUGGAGAUUUAACAUUUCCUAUUGUUUAUUGUCCUGAACUUCAUUUCAGUGAAUUUUCAUCUUCACUAGCAGACAUGAAAAAUUCUGUAGCUGUAAGAUUGACUUUAAUUUUCAUAAAAUAUAUAAUAUACAAAUGUGCUAUUAUUAAUAGGAUCGAUCAAAUGCGACUUCGUCAUGUGCUGGACUGUUCAUAGCAGCUCAUUUAGGUUUUGAUUCUGCCCACCAAUGGAUACACGUGGACAUUGCAGGACCUGCUCAUUAUGUAAAUAUAAUUAUUAUUUAUUUUAUAUUUAUAGUUCAAAUACAAAGUAUUUUAUGUAUUGUAUCUGAGAGUAUUAAAUCGACGAUUAUCUUAGUUUUAACAAAUUGUGUACAAACUACAAAAUGCCAUCAUAAUCAGCAUUUUAGAGAUUAUUACAAAGAUCAACAACAGAUCAGAUGUUCUGCAUUCUCUCAACUACUCAGAAAUCUUACUCAGGAAUUCAACAAAGAACUAUAUAUUCUAUUUAUUGAUUUUUAAAAUGCUUAAGACUCCAUACUAAGGCUUAUUAAUAUAUUAACAAAAUUUCAAUUGGUGAAUCUGAUUAAAGCAAGUCUUAGCAUUCUAAAAGAUCCAGAAAAUUAUUCAAGCUAUAACAAUAAUUUAUCAUUUUAGUAUCAAAAUAUCAAAAUCUGUAAUCAUUUUUUUUACAAUUUUUCAUCAAGACCUAUUUUGAAAUGUCAGAACUUUUGUGUUAACUUUCUAUUUUUAUCGUAUUUUUCAGUGUCACAGAUAUAAGUAUACUAAUACUGGUACAUUCCAACAGAUAUUCUAAACCUACAUAUUCUAGUACCCUACUGUUUUUAAAGAUUAUUUAGCAAUUUUUAACAAUCAUGACAAUUUCAAAUAAUACAUUUUAAUACAAAAACACCUCAUUUCCUCUCAUUUUGUUAAUUCUUUACAUUUUUGUAUGUAACUUUCAUAUUUUUCAUAGUUGAUCAACUAAAAUUGUAUGUUAUACAUUAAUUGUUACUUAUCUGCCAACCUUUUUUUUAAAAUCUCAACAAAUUCUAAAGUUUCUACUGUAUUUUUGACAAUUUUAACUCAGUUGUGAAAGUUUACUUCAAAUUUAAAUAAUUAUUUAUUAUGUUCAACUUAUGAUGAACCUAAAGGUAAAUUUGAAGCAUUAUUGUUGAGCCAAACCUAUUUUAAAUAUCUCAAAACACGCGAUUUUUUGAAAAAUUGUACCACGUCUAUAAUGGACAAAUAUAAGUAUUCGGUGAAAAUGUCAAGCCUCUUUAGUUAUUUAUAAUUAAGUUAUACUAAAACACAAUUUCAAAAAAUUACUUUACAAUUAUGUAAAAAAUUUGGCUGCCACCGUCAUUGCUCUCCAAUUAUCCUGGUCCCGGACUCUAUUUUCCCAAUCUGGUUCUUUCAGUGUUACUAGAUUCUUUCUUAUUUCAUUUUUCCAUCACUUAUUGGGUCUUCCCCUGGGCCUUUUCCCUACCAGUAGCCAUUCGAUUGCUGUUCUUAUACUUGUAUUUUCCGCUUUACACAUUACAUGACUGAACCACUGAAGUCUUUAUCAUUUAAUGUAGUUUGUCAACAAUAGAACUUGUUUUCAAAGCAUGCUCUCUGGUAACAAAAAAAAAGGCACACACAUUUAAAGACUUAUCGCUCCAGUAAACUUUUUUGUACAGGAUAAUUGACAUAAUUAGGGUUUUAUACUUAUAGACAAUAGCACUUUAAAACAUGAUAAUAAGCCAUAAUGAAUAUGUUUCCUGGGAAUAUGUAUAGAUUAACAGGACAUGUUAUAAUUUUAUACCUAAGGCCAAGAGGAACAUUAAAGCAGUAUGGUUAUGUUGUUAUCAAGGAUCCUGCGUUAUGAGUCUAAGUAUUUUCUAAAAUUAAAGUUAUUAAUACCUAUACAGAAAUUAUAACGAACUGCGAGUUUAAGAUAACAAAUACACACAAUUGCAUAAAUAUAUUUUUUUUUACAAUUGGAUACUUUGUUUAAUUUCACUAAUCAGUUGAAAUUUGUAGUUUUGGUUAAAAAAAAAAAAAGGAACAAAUGUGAAAAAAUAAGAACUUUAUUGCAAAAUCUAUGAAAUUACACAAAUAUUCAGAUUUCAACCUUUAAAUUUAUUUCAAUUAAAACUAUCGAUAUUUUUGAUAUAUGGUUUUAAACAUUGAUAUAAACCAACUAAAUUGAAUUAACCUAGUUUAAAGAAUUAUAGGUACUUGAUAUAAUACUGAGUUAAAUUUUACAGGGUGAAAGGGCAACUGGUUAUGGAGUAGCACUUUUGACAGCACUUUUCGCCAAACAUACAAGUGAUCCACUGUUGCAAUCAAUUUCCAAAUAUAUUGAAUGCUCAAACUAAAUUGAUUCAUCAACUACAAAAGAACUUUGAAAGAAGUUUUUCAAUUAUAUUUUUGAAUUUAUAUUUUAAAAAACUAAAUUUUUUGAGUCCUUUAAUAAAUUUAACAUUUGAAUUUGUCUGUUUAAAUAUGCUGUACUAUUUUUUUUUUCUAAAUUUAAAUAUUUGUGAUUUAAUAAAACUGCCAACUAUGUUGUGAAUAAUUAUAUUUUAUGUAUUAUUUAAAAAUUCAGCACCUUUUCAAUUCUUUAGUUG